AUGGCACCGCCAACAAAGGCAACAUCUGCUGCCGCUGCUUCCACAGCGUCGACAGAAAAACGGUCUACAGUUAAACUCGACACAGUUCGAGAUAUCGAACAACAAAUGCAAAAACUAUGGGCUGAUUUGAAAGUAUUCGAAGCUGAUGCACCUGUACAAUCAGCCGACAAUUCCAAUACUUUCUUGGUCACGUUCCCGUACCCAUAUAUGAAUGGUCGUCUUCAUCUUGGUCAUACAUUUUCAUUAUCGAAAUGCGAAUUUGCCGUGGGUUUUCAACGUCUUCGUGGUAAACACUGUCUGUUUCCAUUUGGAUUCCACUGUACAGGCAUGCCUAUUCGAACAGCUGCUGAUAAAUUAAAGCGCGAAAUGGAAGAAUUCGGUUAUCCACCUCAAUUUCCUGUACCAGCGACUGAGAAUGCUGAGGAGGAGAAAGCUGCAUCAGCAUCAGCAAAAGAGAAUGAAAGCAGCAAAGUUGUUAACAAGGCAAAGAGUAAAAAGAGUAAAGCAGCAGCUAAAACUGGAGGUGAAAAAUAUCAAUGGCAAAUCAUGCGAAGUAUCGGAAUUGAUGACGAUGAAGAGAUUCGACGAUUUACUGAUCCGCUCCAUUGGAUUGCCUAUUUUCCACCACAUGUCAAACGAGAUCUCGAAAUGAUGGGCUUGAAGGUUGAUUGGCGUCGAUCAUUCAUCACAACAGAUGCCAAUCCGUUCUACGACUCAUUCGUUCGCUGGCAAUUUCAUCAUUUAAGAGAUGGUGGAAAGAUUGAAUUUGGUAAAAGAUACACAAUCUAUUCGCCAAAAGAUGGACAACCUUGUAUGGAUCAUGAUCGAGGCAGUGGUGAAGGUGUAGCACCGCAGGAGUAUACAUUAGUUAAACUUCGUAUUCACGAUGAUCACAUUCCUGAGAAACUCAAACCUCAUGUAACGUCAUCGACAGCUGGUGUUUACUUAGCUGCAGCAACACUUCGCUGA